UGGGGACAUGUUGAGGGAGGGAAGAGGGGUUGUAGGAGAGCGUUCUUUGUGUCAGAGCACAGCGUCCACAGUAAGGCUUCACUUUGCUCCUCAAACACCUCCCUGCCCCUGCUCCRGCUCUGAUUGUUGUCUUUGCCUAGUUUUCCUCUGUGGAGCUCUGGYACAGAAAUGGAUUCUGCUGCAAAAGAGGAAAUGUCAUCGCUGAUGUCAAACCAGUCGUCAGAGAGCUGCGCGCCAGUAGAGACGACGAUUGAGAACCAGUUAUUUGGAUGGUUCUACGUGGUGGUUUUCGUUCUGGCGCUGGGUGGAAACAGUCUGGCUCUCUGGAUCUUCUCACGUCAGCGUGGGGUUUCCUCUCCUGCUAACGUCUUCUUGGUUCACUUAGCUGUGGCAGAUCUGUCGUAUGUCAUCAUUCUCCCGCUCCGAGCCGUCUACCACUUCACCGGAGGCCACUGGCCGCUGGGCGAGGUCCCCUGCAGGGUGGUGGGCUUUUUGUUUUAUGUCAACAUGUACGCCAGUCUGUACUUCCUGGCCUGUGUAGCGGGGGAUCGCUACCUGGCUGUUGUUCACGCCGUGAGAUCGAUGAAGGUUCGCCAGGCCCGCUAUGCUCACAUCAUCAGCUUCUCGUUAUGGAUCCUGGUCAUGGUCUCAAUGGCACCGCUGCUCAUCACCCAUCAAACUGCCCAGGUGGACAACACGACGGUGUGCUUGCAGCUGUACCGAGAAAAGGCCUCACGCAAGGCRCUGAUCUCUCUGGCUGUGGCUUUCACCCCGCCUUUCCUGGCCACUCUGUCCUGCUACCUGCUCAUCAUCCACAGCCUGCACAAGGGCUCCAGGCUGGAACCAGCGCUCAAGCUGAGAGCACUUCGCACCAUCGGCGUAGUCAUGCUCAUUUAUGUGGUCUGCUUCCUGCCUUAUCACAUGAGCAGGGCCACCUUUAUACUGGGCUACAACCACCCAGAUGUGACCUGUCAAACACGCAGAUCCCUCAGCAUGGCUAAUCGCCUCACCUCUCUCCUCACGUGCCUGAACGGCGCUAUGGACCCUCUGGUCUAUCUGUUUGGGGCAGAGAAGUUUCGGAGCACRCUGCGGCGGUUAUUUUGUAAAAAUAAGGCAGGAAUGUCUGCAGCCACAAGUGGAGAGUUGAAGGGAACACAUGAAAGCUCUCUGAGCGCCAAGUCUGAGUUCUGAAGGAAACUGUGCCGUCUACAUACCUUUCAUAUAAAAAAUUUAAUUUGACUGUUCAGCGAUUGUCCUGUUUAACUAACUGAAAAUGCAGGAAUAAAAUCAAAGCCAGGUGUCCUCCCUGCAAUCAUUCAGUGAACCUUUACAAACCUGUCUCUUCUGUCAACAACAGGAAGCAUCAAGACACUAAUCUACGGAGAUAAAUUAGUCUCAAAAUAUUUAAGCAUGCAGAUCUGCUCCCCUGUGGAUGUGACUUAYAGGAAAACGAAUGAGCACAUCUCUAUUUCCAAAAUAAUUUACCAAUAAUAGAAACAUUCUCAAAAUCCUAGCUAUACUAAUAAAUAUGUGAAUAAUUUAUACCUUUACGCUGUCAAAAUCAGUAAUUUAUGGUUAUGCAAUAUGUAUACACACAUAUUACACACAAAACGUGGACUUUAUUCUGAAAAAAAAAACAGUGAUGCAGUUUCAUCUGUUGUUUUGAGUCUGCCUUUCACAGAAUGAAUUAUUUUAAUCUGAAUUAGAUAUUUAUCACUGGCCUUACCGUGCCAUUUCUCAUUUCCCAUGCACGCUUCUCGGAGCGCCUCUCGACUUCGCAGCCGAGCGGACGCACUGUAAAUCCGGGGUUGUAUGUGCAAAUCUGCAGCAGUAAAAAUGUCUCAAAAGUCACAUUCACAGGCAAUCAGAUCCAUGCGCUCCUGCAAAUCUUGAUGCGUUCAUUCAAAUCUUUUUGAGACUAAAAUAUCUCCAUAAUAAACAAUCAUGACCUAUACUCAAGGUUUCAAACCUAUCAUUUUUUUGUAACCGCAUGAUAUCAUCAUAUGUUCAAAAAGUGGAGCUUUUGCUGUUAUUUUCCAUUGAUUAUUUUUGUAUUGUAGAUUCGAUCUACCAGUCUGGUGAUUUAUCCAGUACCAGGUCUUUAAAUACGAAAUAAUUUUUUUGUAUUUUAUGGAGAUCUGCAUUUGUAAACAUACACUGUUGUUGUUUUAGUUUCUGAGGCUCUAUAUAGCCCAAUUGUUUAGAAAAACUCCACAUAGACAGCAUUACACCAUAUGUGGUUGAAAUUUGRCAUGUGAAUGCAACAUUUUUGUCUUUUUUUACUGUCGUCUCUUUUAGUUUUUGGUUUCUAAUUUGCUUUAAGCCACAUGUGAGGAGCUCUCUUAUCUAAUGCUAAAGCUAACAUGCUAACUGCCUUGGACAGGGUUAAAUGAGAUGCCAACCCAUUUGAAGGUCCAAAAGUUGAAACAACCAAAUAAUUACUGGUGGUUUGGUUAAUUUAUAAAGCUACAGUCUAUGUCAUUUAUAAAAUGAUUACAUUGUUGUCAAAAGGCUAACAUUGCUCUGAAUGUAGCUACUGAAACCUUCAUAGUGCGAUGUUUUGAGACUCAGCUGGAGCCAGAGAUCUUCAGUUUCCAGAACCAGUUGAUCCUGAAGUCUUCUAACUCAGAAGUAUUUUUCAUACACCAGCAAACUGUUUUAUAUUUCUUUACACUUAAAUUGUUUUCUGCAAGUUCCGCAUGUUAUAAAAACAUUUAAGGUUGUUUUUGAUCUGUGUGUGAUUUUAUACUUGUAAAAUCUAUCUCCCAUCUAAUACACAUGCAGAGGUGGGAUCAAUGUGUCUUUGUUUGAAUAAAYGUGUACAGAUUCAACUUUUAAUGUAUGUUCUCUGUAAACCAGAUGAGACRAAUACUCAGUUUUUGUCAGCAAUKUUGCUUUUAAUGCAUGUUUACCACUGUUAGUGACACCUCCAUCUCCUGCAUGGUGGGGUUGUGGAGGCAACAAGUCCAGGAGAGAAACCCAGAUCUUCUUUUCCUCAGCAACACACUGCAGCUCGUCCUGUGAGACCCCGAGGGGCAGGSUCGGCCCUAGCCAAUUUGGCGCCCUCGGCAAGAUUUCUGGUGGCGCUCCUCUAAAUCUCAUUGCCAACUUAUACAUUCACAUACCAAAUUAAAUGGUUUCGUCUUUGAUAUUUGUAYCUUUAUAACACUUCUUGUAGUAACAAAGCAGCUUGAGAAACUCACAGAGCCUUAYGAAGGUCUUUUGGUCAUGAUCCAUACUUCACAAUCACAGGUGAGGGUUGGAAUGUAGACGGACCAAUAAAUCGAGAGCUUUAGUCGUUCGACUCAACUCUUUCUUCACCACGACUGAACUCAGCAACACCUUCAUUACUAAUAACUAGACCCCGAUGCAUUGUUUCAUCUUCAACUCCAUCCUACCAUCACCAUCAUCCUCAAUCAAGAUGGUGCCUUCCACCCAUUACCCAUUGAAAUUCACGGACUCGGACUGAAAAAACAAUUCAGAUGGAAUGAAUCUUUCUAAAAACUGUAAAAACUUUGGCUAUUUCUUGAGGUUUUUAUAAAACUGUCAAAUUAAAAAUUCUUUGGUUCAUGACUGAAGCAGCAACUUAUAGGUUGUGUCAGAAUUUACCUGCUGGUGUCACAAAUGUCAGGUUACUGCUCACAAUAAAGUGUCUGAAUAUUGA